AUGGAGAGUAUAGUGCCUCUUGUUGCGGAACAUUAUCCAUCCCUGCCUGCGCUCCGCAUCGCUGACUGGCGUGGUCCGGCUUCCACUUUGCUGCCUGAGCUGCUCCUCUGUCGGAAUCUGCGGUCCUUUACAACUGAAGAAUCGCCUUCCGUGAAGUUUGCGCCCUUUCACAUACGCACGCUUCUGGACUCGUUGCCCAGGUUGGCUGCGCUGAAGGUUCACGUCGAAGACUGCGGCGAGAAGCAACGCAAUGCGACGCCUAUAUACGCCCCCAACCUCCGGACCCUGUGCUGCAUUGGAACGUGUGCGGACCUCGCCGGCGUGGCAGCUAUGCUGCGUGCCUCCGCUCUGCACGAGCUCGAGUUGUGGAUCACAGACGAGUCAACGAUGACGCCCUCCGACCUGGUUGAAUGCGUACAAAACGCGACCUCCGCUCACCUCUCCAGCGCCCUGCGGAAACUAUCCAUCACAUCUGGCCUGCCACGCAAAUUCCGCAGAGUGCCCCUGGGUAGAACGCGCGCGUCGUGGGCAAGCGGCUUGCGCCCCAGCCCGACGCUUCAGCAGCUCGAGCACUUCGAGCUGUCGGUGUCCCCAAACCUGUUCGUGCCGUCCGUGACCGACGCCGACGCGCUCGCCAUCGCACAAGCCAUGCCCCGCCUGCGCAGCCUCAGCAUCCGCAACCGCCACUUCAACAACGUGGGCCUGCCCUCCCUGCACGCGCUCCUCCACUUCGCGAAGUUCUGCCCAGACCUCGAGCAUCUAUCGCUCGAGGGGCUUGGGGGCACGCCCAUUCCCGAUCUAGGCGCGGUCCGCCUCGCUGCGCCCUCCGCGCGCGGGCACCCGCUGCGCUCCCUGCGUUUGGUGACGGUGAACUCAGCGGUGGACGCGCCGGACGUGCUCGCGGAGCUCCUCGACUAUCUGUUUCCGCACUUGACUUUCCAGCCGCCUCGGCGUGGUACGGCCUUGAGAUUAUCGAGCGAGACAUGGGAUGACACCGCCCGUCUGCUUGUGCUGCUCCAGCGCAAGAGAAGGGAAGCGGCUGCUGUCCCCGGCAGCCCCGAUCUCGAGACAUGGGGCGAAGAGACCGCCGGCACCUGCAGAACUCUGGACCCGGGCAUUCACCUUUGA